CACUGAAAAUGUGAACUCCUACAUUGAUGGGGCAGUGAGUCGCUUUCCAAACAUUCUCCAGCAAAAUGUGUGUCAGGCAAUUGAUACUUUACAUGCAGUUUUCUGCACAAUGAAGGAGAUUCCAAAUGAGCAAGCACUAGCUAUAAUUACCCAACUACUGGAACUACUUUGCUCAAAAAAGAGACCUGAUAUUUGGCAAGCUGUUCAGCAAACACUGUAUGUGAUAACACAGAAAACAAAAGGCACAAAUGAAUGGGAUCGCAGUUUUAUUGAGGAGUUAUGCAACACAAUUGCUCCCUUUGUGAAGGAUCAAUACUCCUCUGACAUUAGAGUCUACACAUAUGGCAUAUUUGCAAACUUGCUCUCAGUUGAACAUGCUCUUAACAUCUUUACAACAGUGGGGAUAACUUCAGUGCCUGACGACAUACUGACAUCUGCAGAUAUGAAAAUGAAUGAUAAGCUGAAAGAAGCGCUCAGACGAUUGAAAAAUCAUUUCAGCCAUACAGAUGGGGAAUGUGAGGAUGGUACAGCCUCACCUGAAGCCAGGAAAAAGAAGAAGAAGAAGAAGAAGAAAAAGAGGAAGAAGUCAGAAAAGACUGAAGACCCAAAUGAUGAAGUUUGCAGUGCUUCAAUUGAUCCAGCAGCAGUUCCUGUUGAGGAAUCAACUUCAAAUGCAAAGCCGUUGCACUUAAAUCCGACUAAAUCACAAGUGACACAAAAAUGGUCACCAAUCAGCAAGAGGUGGAGGGAGAAACUAGAGAAGCUUGUGAGCACUGAUGAAAGGAAACUCACCAGAAUUAAGAGCAUCAUUUAUGUAAAUGAUGCAGAAUUGCGCAUAGCAAAGGGAAGUGAUGGUACUGAAGUCUUCUUGGGGCUGAGAGAUGAUGGCACUGAAGUUGCAAUCAAGAGAAUGUCUAAAAGCAACUAUCAAGUUCUGAAGAAUGAGGAAGGACUUCUACGACUUCCAGAGCUCGAUCAUCCUUUUAUUGUACGAUACAUUGACUUUGCGGAGGAUGAGAACUUUGGAUAUCUUUGUCUUCAACUCUGUGAAUACACCUUGGAAGAAUAUAUCAAAAAAACUGAUGACAGUGAGCUGAGAAAGAAACUUGUCAGGGAGGUUCUCGAAAGUUUAAGUGCACUUCAUUGUCAAAAUCCUCCAAUUCUUCACCGGGAUCUCAAACCACAAAAUGUUUUGAUUGAUGUUAAAGGAAAGGCCAGAUUAGCUGACUUUGGCAUAAGCAGACGUUUACUCAAAGGCCAAACAACUUUGCGCACAGCCAGCGCAGGAACAAAAUGCUGGAUGGCCAAGGAGACUUUAGCAGGAGAAGCCAACAUACCAUACAAGUCCAACACUGAUAUACAGGUGGCGGGGAUGCUGAUUUAUUAUAUCCUCUCGAGAGGACACCAUCCGUUCGGUGAUAAACCGUAUGAGUAUGAGUACAACAUUCAUGAAGGAAAGUACACUUUGGACCAUGUUCAAGACAUUGUGGCAAAGGAUCUCAUUGAGUGGAUGAUCCAUGAAGAACCCAAGAACAGACCUAAAGUGGAACAAUGCUUGAGUCAUCCUUUCUUCUGGGCCUGUGAAAGGAGAGUAGUUUACCUGCUAAGGAUUGGUAACAGGACGGAGGUGGCAAACUAUCGAAAUGCUGACAAGGAACUGAUUUGUUCACUGGAAGAAUGUGCUGGGGAGAAAUAUUUCAAACAGUGGAAAAAUAAGUUUCCACCAGAGUUGGUCCAGAAGAUGGACGGCAGGAGGAAACCCUAUCAUGAAAACACAUUGGGAUUACUUCGCUUCAUACGAAACCUCCAUGAGCAUUAUGCCACGGAUGCAGCCCAAGUUGAUGUGAUGACAAUAUUUCCUGAUCUCUUUGGAUGUGUUUUCACGUUUGCUAAAAAUCACGGGUGGAAUUCAAAGACUCCCCUGAAGGAAAUGUUUCGUAGAGAAGAUAUCACCACCAGCUUUGUCAAGCUGUCCAUAAGCCAUGAAGAGCACCAUGGUGUCCCAGUUCAAGAGUCUGAUCCCAGUGGAAAUUGGAUUCAAAAAUGAUUAAGGACUUCAAAACAUUAGAGUCUUAUAAGCUGUCACAGAAAAAAACUAUAUAAUAGGCAAAACAUCAGCAAUACUGGGACUCAAGACUGCACUAGAAAUCAUUAUUGCAAGACUAAGAACUAAGAUCAACAAGUUUUUGUACAUGUAUUGUAAAUAGUCACCAUACUCCAAAGCUUACAGUAAGUCAGUAGUCUAUAAAGGAAUCACAUACUGAAGUACAUACAUUUAUUGUCACUUGUGUAUUUUCAUUUUUUAACAUUUUAUACUUUAGUUCAACAACAAUCUGUAUAAGUUUGUACUUUUAUUUUGCCACAUUAUCUGAUGGCUGCUGAUUCUACUUAUUUUUCAGUUUAAAGCCCACAGGACUGAAAUGUCACUGUCGGGGCAAUAGCUCAUUCUGCAAAUACAGGAGCAAAGUAGUGAGGGAACUAGUGGAACUAAGUGUAGGUUCGCAGCAUGGGAGAGGUCCUCAAAAAGGUUGUGAUUAAAAGUAGAUGCAUAGUUUGCCAGACUAUUAAUUUUAUCUAAAGCAAUAUUUGUGCCUCUCCGGGCCCCUCUCCUCCACUGAGAGGUGCACAUGGUUUAGUGCACUCUUGUUGGGGGGUGGACAGAAGUAUUUAGUCUCUAAAUGUGGUUUUGCUGUAAUGCUCAGGAGUUAAGGUGAAGCGGUCAUGCCAUUUCACAAAAGUAAAACCAGGCUACAAAGCACUAACACAAAAUAGAGAAGAAAAACUGUAAUCCUUUGAUCAUUCUUAGACAAGAUGAAACUUAAUGUGUUUAUACGGCACACUUGUUACCGUGGCAAACAAUUAUGUGCCCUCUCAUUUCAGACACUGACCACUUCCAGCCGUACAUCAAAAUAAGAAUUUACAAUAAUAUGUAGGCCUAUUUCUCUUCUUUAGCUUUUAAAUUCAAUGAAUAAUAUCAUGUGAAUAAGAUUGAUGAAAUAAAGUUUUUUUUUGUUUCAA